AAACGGGAUGAGGAAGCAAAUAGGGCAGUGACAUGUGACCUUUCAAGACCCACGUGUCCGGCCCGGUCCGUUCGAUGGUGCUCAUCUGCUGCGAUCACAGCAGCUUUUCGUUUUUUCAAAUCCCUGCAACCUGUUGUUUCUUUUACCUCCCACCCACACACACACACCGAUGGUACAACCAGUCUGGGGAGAGGGUGCCAUUGGUGGAUGCCAUGUCUGUGUCCUUCAUGAUCCGGUACGAUCCGGACCGCUUUGGUCGUUUUGGUCAUGCUUUGGGAAGUUCCCCAAAGUGGGAGCGAUAAAGAAAAAAGAAAAAACAAACUGGUGUUUGUGACAGAACUCUUGAGCUGAAGUGCAUGUGUUUCACCUAACUUCUCUAACACCGGGGGCCUCAAACGGAUCCCCUAAAGGGCCGGAGUGAGCGCAGGCUUUUGUCCAGUCAGGUGCUGUUUCAGAUGAUCGAUUCAUGGCUGAUGUGGCCCACCACUACGGCUGCUGCGCCUGCGACCUGCCCUCAGACAGGAGGGGGAAUGCCGACAAGAGCGGCUUCAAUAUGUGACACGUCUGCGCUUUCAGAGUUUUUAAUCAUAAAAACACUGUCAUUUAGCAAAACUACAUGCAAGUAGAGUAAAGCCAUCGAAUGAAAAACAUUUAAGCAUUUGUUUUCGAUGAAGAGCCUCAGUCAUUUCUGUCGCCAUCACCUCAACAAAGGACACGCUUGGACUCUGAAGACAACAGCCUGUAUCACACGUCGACGCCUCUGCACUCUCCUCUGCGUCCGCAUCCAGGAAGCGAGAAGCCACAACCACAACAGAUGCUCAGUCUCCCCGUUUCAGAAGAACAACUGGCUGCAGAAACCGAGACAAAUGUGGUGACACACCUUCUGUAUUUGUCUAAUAGAGCCAAGAAAGCACGCACCAACACGUUGAACUGCUGUUUGCAGACGGCAUUGCUGAUCCAGUAGAUCAGGAAGAGAGCCAUCAGGUCCUCCACCACCAGCAGACUCCAGAUCAGAGCCGCGACAGAGUGAUGCUCCUGCGACUGAAUCAGGGAGUUCAUUGUGUGUGAGGAGCUCCUCCGAAGCUUGGAUCCGUUACCUGAGAAACAUUGGGUCCGGAAGCAAAGAUGUCCAAACAAACGGCUGCGACUGAUGAGAGGACGCUGAUGAUGUUCAGGAGAAGUGACAGUUUAGCCUGGAGGAAGAGAGAAAGACCCCCGGUCUUGAACCUCUCCAAACAUCUGGCCCGACGCCGCCUGGAAAAUGGCUGACUGGAGCGUCCAGUAAUUUUGACAGAUGACCUUGGUGAAGGAAAACCUCAAGCAUUGAAUGCAAUGUUUUUCCCCUGUCUGUCUUUAUUUCUUCCUUUCGUCCGGACUCACAUGGACUGCUGAUCACUGUCUGCUGCACCAGCUCAGUACCGCCAUUUUUGGUCCGAGGAGUCCUCGCUGACCCUGGCGAUCAAGCUUUUCUCAACUCCGCUCGCCUCACGGAGAAGCGUCGCCUCACUUCUCCGUCGUCCCUCCACACCUCACAGUUCAAAUCGCCUCAAACGAAGGCACCAAUGGAAAUAUGUUCAUGUGAAUGCUUCACUAUCAAGUGGCGUCAAAUGAAAGCAACUUCAGACAGUCAUUCAUGGAUCAGUGAGAGGUGGAUGUCAAACUUAGGAGGACUGACUGAAGCUCAUCUGGAGUGGAAACACACGUGAAGACCUCUGUGGAGGAGCACGGACGGACACUCACCACUGGCAUGUUCGGAGCAUGACCGGACGCCGAGGACAACAGACCCGUCACCAUGUACUGAAACAUUCAAGUAGGAGGUCAGCGGCGGUGGCCUUCCCCACCACAAGCGCCGUGAUCUUACCAGAACAGCGGGAAAAAUAUAGACUCCGUGGGAGUCACCGAAGAGCAGACUGAGGAGGAGGAGGGAGAUUCCGGAGGUGACUUGAGCCGCCUGAGGAGCAGCAGCAGCGUGAGAUGAAGACACCAAUGUAGGUCGCGUGCCGGUGCUCACCCCCAGCGCUUUGGGUCGCCCAUGGUGGACGAAGACUUUGAAGGCGUCUUUGAACAGGCAGUGGAACUGCUCCGGCCACACGUUGUUGUAGCUCUCCACGGGGAUGGAGAUGACCGUGGACUUGUCGGUCACGAAAGACUUUCUCAUCUUCAAAUGAACACCUUCAAAGUGUCGACGUCCAAGAGCGUGCGCUGUGUGUGACGCGGCUCCCCCACCCAGACCUGCUGGAAAUGAGCUCAGACCAAUCGCAGACACGGAGGCUCUGCCGCUUGAGGGAGGAAGUGAAGGGUGACCUUGUUUUCUGAAGAAGCUGUCGAUGAAAAUGGCAGAGUGAUGGUUCCGUCUUCAUCUCAGAGAGCAACUACACAAGGUUUGGAGCGACUCCCUGGAAAGCAGUGACGGUCAGCUCCAGGAGAGCGGGAGAAGAUGGCGUGUGCCGUGGCGGACAUGAACAUCCACUUGCUGGAAGCGGAACACAGAAGACCCAGAGGGCCCACGGUGGCGAGGUACGAGGCGGCCCACAUGGUGCCCGACGCCCGGCGACCCCUGCACAACCUGCAGAGCAAACCCACGGCCGUCUUGGGGGGCAUGCAGAUCUCCGGCGGGUUCCUCAGCGUUGGGAUCGGACUGAUGUUGGCCAUCACCCAGGAGAUCGGUGCUUCUCUGAUCACGCUUUUUAGGGUGGCCCACCUGACCGGACUGAUGUUCAUCUUCGCGGGCUACGUGUCCAACCAGCUGUUGCGACAUCCAGGGCUCCUGCACGUCUCGGUGCUCCUCAACCUGAUCUGUGUGGUCGUGUCCAUGGCGGCUGCCGCUCUGAUGACCGCUGACCUGGUUUUGGCUCGGCUGCCUCCUCCAUUUUUGCAGGUAAACGACUCACAAGGUCUGGGCCUUCUUCUCCUGAAGAUAGAUGUAUUGUUCAUGUCACGUUAUCCGUUUGUCAAUGUGCAACAGCAGAGGAGAAAGACAAACAUGUGCAAAUGUAGGAAUAAAAUAAAACUGGUAAAAAUCCAAAAUAAAACAAAUAUACAUUGAAAAAAAAAAUUGUAUAAGACAUGAAAACUAUAAAAAAAUAAUAAUAUAAUAAUAAUGAUAUAUAAUAAUAACAAUAAUGAUAAUAAUAUAUAUAUAUAAUUGCCAUGGUCAUUGGGGAGCCCACUAACUAGGAAAGUGUUUUGGAAUAACGUAUAUAUAUAUAUAUAUAUAUAUAUAUUAUUAUUAUAUUAUUGUUUUUUAUAUGAUUGAUUUUUUUUUUUUUUUACA